AUGCCUACUCUACUGAUCAUUAAUCCAAACUCGUCUCGCUUCAUUACCGAUUCCCUCCAGGAGAAGCUGCCCAAAUUGGUUGCCCCAGAUGUUACAUUGCGCUUCUUUACCUGCCCAGCUCCAGGAGCUGCCGUCAUCGACUCAAUCACAGAGGCCACCCUUACAGCUUCCCUGGUCUUUCAGUCUCUUAGACCCGAGACGCUAGAAGGAAUCGAUGCCAUCGUUGUGGCUUGCUACUCACCUACGCCUCUCGUCGACAUGAUCCGCGAGUCGUUCCAGCUUCCUUGCAUGGGCAUCGUUCAAGCCUCGGUCUUGGCUGCUCUAACCGUUGGUCGAAAGGUCGGCAUCCUUACCAGUACUUUUCGUUCAGAAUGUUUGCUGUACGAACUCCUCCAAUCCUUUGGCCUGGAACGUUCUCGCAUCGCAGCCAUUGCCUCCACAGGACGUACUGUGCUGCAACUCUCCAACAUGGAUCCUGAAGAACGCAAAUCUCUCCUGGUACAGCGCGCACAAGAACUCGUCCGUGUCCACGGUGCCGACUCGAUUUGUUUGGGAGGCGCUGCCUUGGCGGCCAUCCGUGAUUCGAUUCAAGAAGCCGUGGGUCCAGAGAUCCCCAUCAUUGAUGGCGUCCACGCUGCUGUAGAGCAGCUCUCUGGUCUUGUACGACAAAGACUAACGACUUCGAAAUCUGGUACUUAUCAGUACCCAUAA